CCCUGUACUUAGCUUUUUAAAGCAACAGCAGAUAUGCGUAAGAAAGCAAAUUUCAAGGGAGCUUGCAGAUGGCGCUCGUCAUACACUACUGAAACCAUGCGUUUUCAUUCCGUCAAGUAAUGUAAACAUGGCUGAUGAUGGGGCGGACGAUCUUAGCAAUGUUGAAGCAGAGACUACAUUUGAAGUUCAGUUAUAUAUAUAUGAUUUAUCUAAAGGUUUGGCAGGGAAUUUAUCUUCAAUUUUCUUAGGAAAACAACUCCCUGGCAUUUGGCAUACUGGAAUCGUAGCUUAUGGUAGAGAAUACUUCUUCGGAUCUGAUGGCAUUAACAGUUGUGGACCCGGAGAAACGAUCCUUGGAGAGCCUGACCAGAUCCUGAACUUAGGAAAAACUGAGAUUCCAUACAGCAUCUUCUUGGAGUUUAUAUUUGCCUUAGGAGAGUCUUCUUAUAGACCUGGAUGUUAUGACCUCUUAAAACACAAUUGUAAUGAUUUUAGUCAAGAGACAGCAGUUUUUCUGACUGGUCGUUCUAUUCCACAGGAGAUACUUGAUCUACCUCAAGAAGUUUUGAACACUCCAAUUGGAGAAAUGCUAAAAGUUGAAAUGGAUAAGCUUAAUCUGCGAGCUGAAGGGUCGAAAGGAUUAAGUUUUGGUGCUAUCCCACCUCCUACCAGUCACAGAUCGCAACAAAACCCAUUUCCACCUAGGCCAAAUGAUUCAGCAAAUAGAAGGGAUACAAGGCAGCUGCAACCCCAAGACAAAGCAAAAGAAGAUGUUAGUGUAGCUAAUGGAGAUAGUAGUAGCUCUCUUGCAGAUGUUCAGGGAGCUACUAUUCAAACAGAUCAGUCAUCAGUCUCUGAAGCAGAUAAAAAAGAAAAUAUUUUGACCUGUGAUCAGCAACAAAUACAGUAUUCUGAAGUAGCUGAUGAAGAAACUGAACAAGUGCAACAGGUGCAAUCAGAGACACUUGAUAGUGUAGAAAACAUUGAAAAUUCUCCACAAAUAGAACAACAGUCUUCAAGAUCCUCAGAAAGCAGGUUAGAGGCAGAUUUUGAAUCAGAUAGGCCAGAAAAUACAUCAGAUAGCAGAGGUGAAAGGGCUAGAGAACCUCCUGUUGUAUAUAGUGACAUUGAUGGAGUUAAUGCUUUGAUAAACCUCGCAGAAAUUGCAAAGCCUUUUUUGGGUGAGGAAGAAAAAUCGUUACUUUUAGAUUUUGAGGAAUAUCUGAAAACCCAGAGUGGAGCUUGGGCUUUAGGUUCAACUCACCUUGACCUUCUAGGGCAUCUAUUAAAUGAUGAGGGUCUAUCACAAAGUGUGAGGAUUUUUACAUUGCAAAUGCUGCAGGCAGCUGUAUUUAAGGAAGACCUAAUCUUGCUACUACAUCAAGAUCGAAAAGAUCAUCAUGUCAUGAGGUACAUCAACAAAAUAGAGAAACUGGGUGCAGAAGAGCAAGAGGAGAUAUCCAAGCUGCUUUGUAAUCUCUGCUACAACAACAGCAGUUUUGAUUGGUUGAUGUAUAUUUCUGAGUGGGAAGAACGUGGUCAAGUGUGUAGCAACUGUAGAGUGACAAUUCGUGCAGCUGUUCAUGCUAUCUUAAGUGACACACCUUCAAUAAGAGAAAAAGGAGCAGCUUUGAUAUACAACUUAGCAUUGAAAGAGCAACUGUUUGAUGACACAGCAACAGAAUUAGCUACUGCAGUAUUGCAGUUUCUUCAUGGAGAAGUAAGAGAAGAAGAAGCCUUCCAGUGUUUGACAGCCCUUCUGAGAUUCCUGUAUAUAAGUUAUAAUGAUGUCCCAGCCUUGGUUCAGAUGUUGGGUCCAGAGAUGGAGAAGUUUAAUGGAAAGUCGGAACGAGUGGAUCAAUUGGUUGAACAGAUACAGUUCAAAUUGUCCGUUUCUAUUUCUGCUUAAUAGUCUGAAUUACUAUUCAGACCUCUUUUCUGCAACUGUUGAUUUCAUUUUGCUACUGAAUGCUGACGUACUUUGAGUAAAAUGGGAUGUUAUUGCAAUAAUGUGUGUGAAUUUCAAGCGUGUUAGUAUGUAAAAAACUUAAAUUAUUUUUUAAUAUUUGCUCAAAAACAUGAUUAAAAUCUAAAAUGACCUAGCCAAAUUAUUAUUUUAAUGAUGUCAUUUCUGUUGUAAAACAGAGAUAACUUACAGACUACUGUUUUUAGUUGUUUUUGCAUUAACUAAUCAUAAACUUUCUGUUUUGAGAGAAGAAGAAAGUAUCCCAAUUUACAUGUUUCUUGUUUAUUUUAUGAAAAAAGGCAUAUAAACAAGUAAAAACUUACAUACAAAAAUGUAAAUAUCAACUGUUUUUUUCUUUUGCCAUGUAUAUUACAAUGAACAGUUUUUGUUCUAGUAAAAUAUAUCUUGGUGCAAGUAAAUAGUAUGUUACAACUGAACACAUGCAAAACAAUUUCUAAAUGUAGAUUCUUUUUUUAACAUAUACAAUAAACAGUGCAAAAUGGUAUUUCUUCCUGUUUUAAUAAUCCUGCACAAACAUAUUCUAUGUAAAAUAGUGUUUGUUACUAUCUAAUAAUAAUAAAAACUAUUGAAUUAGUUUACUUGAUAUUGAGCCUGUACAAAUAUUUUCUGUGAACAAUGUAAAAUAGUGUUUAUUACUAAUUAAUAAAAGUAAUGGUUAAGUUAGCUUAAUUGAUGCUGAUUCCUGUACAAAUAUUUUCUGUGAACAAUUUAAAAUGGUGUUUAGUACUAGUUAAAUUAGUUUACUGGGCUUUGAUCUUGUACACACACACAUUCUAUGAACUAGUUUGUUAUGAGUCUGAUAACCAUAUUUGUUCUGGCUUAGGUUUUGUAUACAGUAUACAAGGAAUGACACUACUGUUGUAUGUUCAUCAUAACAUAUGUAAUAAUAAUAAGUGUUCUUUAGUUUUGACUUUAUACAAACAUAAAUUGUGAACAAAUCAAAAUGAUGUUUAUUAUUAGUGAAUAACUAAAUUAGGUUAUCUGCUUUAAUCUUAAAUAAAAAUAUACUAGUUAAUAAUAACUGUGAAAUUACUUAGUUUGUCCCUCGUACAAACUUUCUGUGUACACAGUUACUACUAAUUCAGUAUAGCACUGCUUAUACUAGUUUAAUACUUUUUAAUGAUAGCAAGUGCUAAAUUUGCUUAUUUGCCCAGUACAACCUGGGGGUAUCAUGAAAUCUAAAAAGUGCUGUGAGUUGAAUCAUCGUGGUUACAGCUGUUAAUAGAAAAUACAAGUUUGGGUUGUAAUUUCAGAAAGAGAUUGUUUUAAUAAAGUAUGGUAACUGAUGCUACAAAUGCAUAUUGUUGAAAAAGUAUAAAUAAUGAAGAUUUUGAAAGGUAUGUGCUUUAAGUUUGCUGUUCUUUUCAAUAGCAUCUGUGUAGAAUUAUUUUGAAAAUACUUAAAUAAAAUUGACUAACCCUGA